ACCAUGAGCGCGGAAUGCAGUAACUACUACAGCGCAGACGGGCUGUUCGUGGACGCGUUUUCUUGCCCCAAACCUGGAAAUGCUGCCGCUGCGGUCUACUGCUGUGGAUUUAAUGAUGUCAAGUACUGCUGUGACGAUCCCAACAGCUUUUUCCCGUAUGAUUACGGGUACAUGUGGUGGCUGAGUAUCGGCGCUCUGGUUGGUCUGUCCAUCGCGGCGGUCGUCCUCCUCGCCUUCCUCAUCACCGUAUGUGUCCUCUGCUACCUCUUCAUUGCCACCAAACCCAGUCGUCUUGACAACGGCCUACCCCUAAGAGCUCCAGGAGAUCCCAGUGAGGGACCCAGUCAUGUGAGAGUGACCUCUGGUCCGCAGGGAUUCAGAAAACACUUAAUGAGCAGGAAACUGGACUGUGCUAAUCAGCCGCCGGAACCGGAUCGCCUUUUCCAGAAGUGUUUCACGGCUACGGUCACUGGUGUGAAAGUGGAAAGUCCCUCAUAA